AUGGAAUCCUCAUUCAUAGUCAAGCCUCGUCCCAAGCGAUCAGUCCUACCAGCGCACAAAAAGAAGAGAAAGUUCGACCACAAGAUUGAAGAAAUCAAUUUCGAUUUAAGUGCUCGCGAAGAUUAUUUAACUGGAUUUCACAAACGAAAGGUUCAGAGAGCGAAGAAGGCUCAAGAGGAGGCAGAGAAGAAGGCUAGAGAAGAGAGAAUUGUUAUGAGGAAACAGUUACGAGAAGAACGAAGAGCAGAGUUAAAUGAGCAUGUUAAAGCCGUGAAUGCGUUAUUAGAGGAUGUGGAGGAGAGAUUUGAUGGCGGAGACGGGGAUGAGUGGGGAGGGAUAGAGGAAGAAGAAGCCGAGGAGGAAGCGCCAGAGUUGGUAGAUCACGAAGAGGAAUACAUCGAUGAAGAUAAAUACACAACGGUCACAGUCGAAGGAAUAGAAAUAUCGAAAGAUGGAAUCAAGAGAACUGCGGAUGAAGAGGAUAGCGAUGAUGGUAUACACGAGGCAAAGGGGAAGGUCAUAAAAGAAGAAGAGAAGGUCAAGAAAGUUUGGCCCAAGAAACCACGGAAGAAGAAGUUUACAUAUGAGACCAAGGCGGAAAGGAAAAUGACGAGACAAAAACAAAAGUCUGGGAGUAGAGCAGCAGCAGAUGCGCGACGAGGUAAUAAUUAA